AUGUCAGUUUACAUCGAGGUCCUGAAUGAAAAUGACAACGUCCCUCUGAGCGAGGAAGCCGUUUACUAUCCCUCAGUCGUCGAGGAUAGUCCUCCAGGCACGGAGGUCCUCCAAAUAAAGGCUACUGAUAGGGAUAAGGAUCCCAAUCAGGAGAUCACCUACAAGAUAACGUCCGGCAAUCCAGAGGGAUUCUUCGCUAUAAACUUGAUGACGGGUCAUUUGAUAUUGAUCUUGAUCAAGAUAUUUGUAAAGCUUUGCGUAGACAUCUCUUGA